CGAAAAACUAGGGUUUUGAUCUUACCGCUAAACCGAAACCUCCCCAAGAGUUAAUAGUAGUCCCUCAAUUCAGCACCGGUUCGGGUCCGAUUCUCUUCAAUUUUCCAAGCCGCCGAUCAUGAACGGCCGGCCGAUCGACCGCCCGAAGCUGCUGGGCCACAAUUACGAGCUCAUGCUCGGAGAGUCAAUCACUCACUUUCUAGCCGAGUACAGCAAGGGCUCGACCGAUUUCUCGGAGCUGAGUUCGAUUUUUUGCCGAUUGGUGCAGACAAUGGACGAUCCGCCUCUCGAGAUCACCUGGUUCUACGCUGCGGUGACAUUUCACAGCUCUGCGAAGUUGAUUGCUGAAGAGCCUUCGAAGAAAGUUGCUCGGAUGUUGUGGGCUGCAAAGGACUUGUUUCACUUGCUGGUUUCGUGUUCGAGUCCGGCUGUAAGCCGGUUGAAGAGUGUCGCCUUGCUGGCUCCUGCUGUGUACCGGCUGUAUGACAUUGUGGUUUAUUGUUCGAAGAAUGGCUUGUGCUUGAACAGAGAGAUUGAUGGUUUGGUGGAACGGAUUUGUAGUUACAUAAGCAUGUGCUGCUCGAACUGUUUCGAGGGACCAAAAGAUGGGGCAGAUGGAUUGACGGCUGGUUUUGCGGAUUUGGUUCGGGUUUGGACGGUUGACGGAGUUGGAGAGAGAUGCGAAUCUGGGGAUGAUUUGAGAGUGUUUUUUCCGCUCGUUAGCGGUCAGCUUUGCAGUGGGCUUAGAGGAGGGUGUGGAAUUGGUUACAUAGCAGGGAUUGUCAUGAUUGAGGCUUUCUUGCUGAGGCUGUGUUUGAACUUUGGUUCGAGCAUUUCAAGAACAGAGUUGAAGAAGGAUAUGCAGCACUGGGCUGUUCAAACUAUAGCAGGGUUUCAGAGUUGUUAUUUCUUUGAUAUGCUUCUCAGAAUUCUUAUGGAGCCAAGUUUGCCCGUCACAACUCUAGUGAGUUCUGAGGAUGAAGUUUUGCUUCAGGAAGUGCUGUAUGAUGGCAUCAUAUUGGUACAGGAUCCAUUUCUAAAAUCUCAAGUGUGGCCUGCACUACCCAGUGACUACUUGAAAAAUUUUGCUCUGAUGUGGUUGCUAGUUGCAGACAAAGCUGUUCAGUUUGCCAGGGUACGUGGUGACCAGAACAGAGCCAUUUCUUACAUAGAUGCCUUCUCCAGAUCUUCCUUGCCGAAUCAAUUAAUUAAGUGGAUAAUGAAUCAAACACACCUGGCCGAGAAAAUUAGUGGACCAACUAUUUCCACUCCCAAAGCUCUUAUCAGGUGGUUGCUGAUCCUUGCAGAUCGAGGGGUUAGAGUAUUUGACAAUGAGAGUUUGCAACUCUAUGCUAAAGAAGUGACUUGGAAAUCCAAAACAGGGCAUGAGAAGUUAAAAUCCAAGCCUGAUUCUGGUAAAACAAACUGUAGCUUUUUCUUCUUCACUGAAAAUAAUUGGAUGGCACAAAACGAAGCUGAAGAGGACCAGGAGAUGGUUGAUUGGUUCAAUGAUCCAUUUCUUCCCACUGGUUGCGCUGGACACCCAACAGACGACGGUAAAAGUAGAAAACGCCAAGAAGGAAGACCCGAUGAAGGGGAAGUACGGUAUAAGCUUGCCAAGUUUGAUCCCGGUGACAAUUCAGUCGGUGAUACAUGUUUGCCUCAUCGUGAUGAUAAUUUCAACUGCAGGGAUGAGAUUAAACUUCAAUCCAUGGUUUGAGUACACACCAGAUUGUGGGGAUGGGCGUGCUGUGAGCCUGGGUAAGUCGUAGUAGUCAUGGGCUGGAUAUCAAAGCCAGCUUGUUUUGUCCAUAGGAGGUAGAUGUUUAUGCAGAAGCAUAUAGAAAUGCAGCAGGUAUUAGGCUACCCUCAUAUUUGUUAUAGCUAGGUUCACAAAUGCAUGCACAAGCACAAAUUGUGUCUAUGAUUUUGUACAACCUUUGUUCUACCAUUAUUCUAUUACACUGAUCGCAUUUUAAUCUUCAAUAUUAGUAGCUACCUCUAUUAAGAGUUCAAGUUAUAGAAGCAAUCUCUUCGCACUUGAUC